AUGGCGCCCAGUUUCGAUACUUUGUCCGAGCAGGACCUCCAUGAGGAGGAAGAUGAGGAGAUUGAUUUCUCCGACCUGAAGGAACAGCUGGACGUGAAACUCGACGAAGGAUUAGACACUUUUGUCGUUAUCGAUGGACUCCCCGUUGUCCCCGAAGCAUCGCGUCAAAAACUUAUCAAGUUCUUGUUGAGGAAACUCGUCACUGUCGGCGAAACCUCCGAAGAUGCUGUUUUCAUGCCCGUGUCCGAUAAGGGUGAGACUGAAGGAUUCGCCUUCGUUGAGUACGAGACCCCCGAGCAAGCCGUGGCUGCCGUUAAGCAACUGCACGGUGUUCCCCUGGACAAGAAGCACACCCUUUCAGUGAAUAAGUUGAUGGAUAUUGAGCGCUACGGUCGCGAAGGACGAAUUGAGGAGGAAUAUGUUGCCCCCGAGCUGGAGCCGUUCAAGGAGAAGGAGCACCUGCGCUCGUGGAUGGGAGACUCCAACGCCCGUGACCAGUUCGCCCUGUACCGAAACGAUAAAGUUGGUGUUUUCUGGAACAACAAGUCUAACCCCCCCGAGAACAUCGUCGAUCGCGCACACUGGACACAACUCUUCGUCCAAUGGUCCCCCAAGGGUACCUUCCUCGCCUCCGUCCACCCCCAAGGUGUCCAGCUUUGGGGUGGCGCUUCCUUCUCCAAGCAGAAACAGUUCCCUCACCCUUUCGUCCAACUUGUCGAAUUCUCACCCCUUGAGGGUUACCUGACUACAUGGUCUGCUCGCCCAAUCCAGGUCGAGGAAGGCCAACCUAUCCUGACUUACGAGGAGGAUGGUAAGAACAUCAUCGUUUGGGAUAUCGAGACUGGAAAACCUCUCCGAUCCUUCGUUUCUCACGACCUUGCUGCACCCGUUGAGGAUGAGGCUGAGGUUCAACCCAAGAAGAAGGUGCAGUGGCCCGCUUUCAAGUGGUCUUCGGAUGAGAAGUACGUUGCACGUAUGCUCCAGGGCCAAUCCAUCUCUAUUUACGAGCUCCCCAACAUGAACCUUCUGGGUCGUACUUCAGUGAAGAUUGAGGGCGUGAACGACUUCGAGUGGUCUCCAGCUACUGUUACCCGAGAGGGUAUCAAACAGUACGAACAGUUGCUGUGCUUCUGGACCCCCGAAAUUGGCAGCAACCCAGCUCGUGUGGGUAUGAUGAGCGUUCCUUCUAAGGAGGUCGUUCGUACUCGUAACCUUUUCAAUGUCUCAGAUGUCAAGCUGCACUGGCAAUCACAAGGUGCCUACGUCUGCGUUAAGGUUGACCGUCACUCCAAGUCCAAGAAAUCCAUGGCCACCAACCUGGAAAUUUUCCGUGUCAAGGAGAAGGGUGUUCCCGUUGAAGUUGUGGACAGUCUUAAGGACACUGUCAUUAACUUUGCCUGGGAACCUAAUGGAUCCCGAUUUGUUCUCAUCACCACUGGCGAAUCCGCCUCCGGUGUCGCUGUUCCCCCCAAGACUUCCGUUUCUUUCUUUGCGACCGAGAAGAAGGGUAGCACCGCCGGUAACUUCAAGCUUGUGCGCACAGUCGAGAAGAAGAACAGCAAUGGAAUCUACUGGUCUCCCAAGGGCCGUUUUGUUGUUGUAGCCACAGUCCACUCUCAGUCCAGCUUCGAGAUCGAUUUCUGGGAUUUGGACUUUGAGGGUGAGAAGAUUGAGGCUGAGAAGGAUCUUGCUGCCAACUUGCAGUUGAUGAAGACCAAUGAGCACUACGGUGUCACAGAUAUUGAGUGGGAUUCUACAGGUCGCUACGUUGUUAGCAGUGCUAGUGUCUGGACUCAUUCGAUGGAGAAUGGUUGGAACCUGCACACAUUCGCCGGUCAAACCCUGUCCGAGAACCCCACCGAGAAAUUUAAGCAGUUCCUCUGGCGACCACGCCCCCCGACCCUGCUCAGCAAGGAGGAGCAGAAGCAAGUCCGCAAGAACCUGCGCGAAUACUCCAAAGAGUUCGAUGAGGAGGACCGUUACGCCGUCGACAUUGCCAACACUGCUGUGGUCGAGACACGUAAGCGUGUCCUCAACGAGUGGGUUGCCUGGAUGCGUCUGGAGAAGGAGCUCGCAGCCGAGGAGAGGGAGGCUUUUGGCUUGCCCGACGAUGCCGAUUCACCCCAAGCGGCCAAGGAUGCCCCAGUCGGUGUCGAGGACAAGGGAGAUACCGUCGUGGAAGAAAUUGUGGAGGAGAUCAUCGAAGAGACCGAGGAGGUCAUUGGUUGA